GCCCGUGCAAGGGAAAUUUAGACCCCGUAGAAGGACGACGCCAUCUUAAUUCGUUGAGAAACGUUGCUGCUGUGUAGGAUAGUUGUUCGUUCAUAGCCUUUUAAGAAGGUGAAUCGAAUUUAUUGGUGAUUCUUUUCAAAAGCUGCCUUGUGUCAGUGUCGAUUGAUCAUGGCCGAGGAAUUUGACAUCGAAGCUAUGCUGGAAGCUCCUUAUAAGAAAGAGGAUGAGGGGCAAGUGGAACGAACAUCUUCAUCCAAAGACAAGAAAAAGAAAAAGAGAAGUCGAAGCAGAAGCCGUGACAGAAGUCGCCAUGAGAAUGGGAGGGACAAACGGUCCAAAAGCAGAGAUCGUGACAGGCGCUCAAAAAGCAAAGAUAAAGAACACGACAGGCAUUCUAAAAACCAUGAUAGGGAAAGGCGCUCCAGAAGCCGUGAUCGUGACAGACGAGACAGGGAUAGGAGACGUAGCAGAAGUGGUGAUCGAAGAAGACGAGAUGAUAGAGAACGACCCGUCUUUCGCCCUCGGUCACCUGCAGGACCACCACGAAGACGCAGUCGUUCCAAAGAAAAAUUUGGAGCCAGGCGUGGUUUUAGCAAAAGCCCCUUAAGGCAGUCAAUGCCUGAGAUUACACCUGAGGAACGUGAUGCUAGAACAGUGAUCUGUAUGCAGCUUUCAGCACGAAUAAGAGCAAGGGAUCUAGAAGAAUUUUUCUCUUCUGUUGGAAAGGUCAGCGAUGUUCGUCUUAUCACAGACAACAAAACACGUAGAUCCAAAGGAAUUGCUUACGUUGAGUUUACAGACAUGCAGUGUGUUCCCUUAGCCAUGGGGCUUUCUGGGCAAAAACUCCUGGGAGUGCCAAUCCUUGUGCAACAUUCCCAGGCUGAGAAAAAUCGUCUGUCUUCUGCUCCAGCCUUGAUGCAUAGUAAAGGACCUACUAGUUCAGGUCCAAUGAGACUAUAUGUUGGUUCCCUACACUUCAACAUCACAGAAGACAUGCUGAAGGGGAUUUUUGAACCAUUUGGCAAGAUUGAUGACAUUAAACUGAUUCGAGAUCAUGAAACUGGAAGAUCACAGGGAUAUGGCUUUAUCACAUUUCAUAACACAGACGAUGCUAAAAAAGCUCUGGAACAGCUAAAUGGAUUUGAACUAGCUGGAAGACCAAUGAAGGUUGGCCAUGUUACCGAACGCACUGGUGCUGAAGGUGGUGGUUCUUCAGCGCUAGACACAGAUGAAAUGGACAGAGCUGGAAUAGACCUUGGUGCAACUGGCAGACUGCAGCUUAUGGCCAAAUUGGCAGAAGGAGACGAUUUUUCAGGUACCGGUUUCCAGAUCCCACACUAUGCAGCCACUGCUUUGUCACAAGCUGGAACCCAUGCACUGAUGGGAGGCAUUCCUGGCACUUUGCCCAAUGGGCAGAUGGUUCCUGCAAAUCCAUUGGCAUCAACCACAGCACCACCAAUUGCAACUCAGUGUUUUAUGCUGUCCAACAUGUUUGAUUCCUCAAGUGAGUCUCGAGCAAACUGGGAUCAGGAGAUAAGAGAUGAUGUAAUAGAUGAAUGCAACAAACAUGGUGGUGUGCUUCACAUCUAUGUGGACAAAAGUUCUCCUCAGGGCAAUGUGUAUGUUAAAUGCCCAAGCAUAGCUGCUGCUGUUGCCUCUGUCAACUCCUUACAUGGCAGAUACUUUGCUGGUCGAGUUAUCACAGCUGCUUAUGUGCCCUUGCCCAAUUACUCCACCUUAUUCCCAGAUUCUGUUAGAGCAAGUCAGCCUCUUAUGUCCUCUCAUGCUUUACAAGUUGGCUUCAGUAACUUCCUUCCAGUGACAGCACCAAUUAGAUGAUUGACAAACCCAUGUUUUGGUUUUUUCCACUACUUGAAUCGCUGUUGAAAUUAAUGAAAGCAGUGCAUCUACAUUAAAUGCCAUCUGCCAAGAAUGGACUUUUUUUUUUACUGUGCAGAUUACUUUGUUUUAACUUGUUCAGCUUUUUUUUUAAAACAUCACUCAAUAUAUGUGGUACUAAAUUUAUAGACUAAAAAUGUUUAGACAUGGUUUACACAUUUGUCCAGUUACAAAUAGUUCCAACUAAAGUACACACCACUGUUUAAAAACAUUUUCGUAAAAACCAAGUUUCUAAAAGAAAUACUAUAAAAAUAACGACUGAUUUCUAUCAGUUUUUGAUAAACACAUUCUUGAACCUUAUUUGCACAUUUAUGAAUUGAUUGUUUGUGCUUCUGUAUGACAUUUAUGUGUAUGGUCACUGGGCACAGAAGUGUCUUUUGCAGUGAAUGUACAUAACUCGCUGUCGGGUUCAGCUUAUGUAAUUUCUUGUUCAUACUUCAGGCUUUUUAAAUGCGAUAAUUUGAAUGAAAGUUUUAUGCAAGUAAGCCAGGUCCUGAAUGUAAGUGUGCAAGGUUUUUGUUUUUCACUUGUUAAUUAAAAAGUCAUGGGUAUUUAGGUACUUUGUAUGUUGACAUUGUACAAUGUAUUAAAAAAAAGGAUUUUUA